AUGUCCACUAAUGACAUUGAGUAUAACUAUGACUUUGAUCCAAAUGUCAAGUUUAAGGAUUACAUCAACAAAGGUGCUGAGAACUACAAGUCAAUCAAUAAUAGAUGGAAGACUACACAAUCUUCAUCAUCAACAUCAUCGACUACAUCAUCAAACAUGAAUACAACAUCAACUUCAACAUCAACAACAACAUCAAGUGUCAACAACAACAACCGUAGUAAUGUCAACAUCAACAAUAACAGUAGUAGUAGCAGCAAUAAUAGCAAUAGAAAUAACAAUAGAAUGGAUUAUAUUAAUAGUGAUAGUGUAGAUGCUAUACAAGUGAUUGAUGAACUACUACACAAGAAUGGACUGUUCUCAAAGAGAGUGCCACUGCCUGACCUGGUAUCAAUACUGGUCGAGGAAUGGGAGACUGAGGAGGCUGCACUCUAA